ACAAGCCACGAUCAGUUGUGCGACGGGCUUUGCCAUGUAAAGUCGUGAUUUGAUCGUCCCUUAAUUUGUACAUCCUACACCCAUAGUGCGUGCAACUUUUGUAUUGUCGUUGCAUCUGAAGUUCUGGUGCAUUGGCGCGUGAAUGUAGAGUGCUGUUGUCGUCGGUUGGUAGUUUGGAUUUCGCAUACAUAUGGUCUCAUUGACUUGAAAGCUAGACUCAGAAUUUUAGGCACGUCCCUCUAAAAUAUUAAUGAAAAACAAACUAAGUGAACAAUUAUAAAUUUCAUGUACACACACAACAAAAGAAUCCAAGGAGCGCCUUAGCAAAUUUGGACAAAACACGUUAUUCUUAGGGGAAUGAAUUAAGAAUUAAUCGAAGAGUCUAGUGAAUCCAAGUAUGAAGUUGCUUUGAGAAUGACUUUACUGUGGAAGUAUUGACUGCAUAAUAACGUCUCGAUUACUUACGUAAUUACAUAAAAACAAACAAGUGUUCCCGACGAAAUCGAUCUACAGGGAAACUAAUAAGAUGGGCAAACUCCAGGUGAUCGUGCAUCCAGUGAAAAAAGAGUUCCAGCGAAAAAGCUGCGGCUUCGACCAUGAUACCCCCGAUGAUUUCGUCAAGUCUCAGUGGCAAAGCUGUGCAAAGAGCAUGGCAUAUUUGUUCUACCGCUGGUUUAUGGCUCUGUUUUUCGUGGGCGUAGUGAUCGUUUCGAUGUGGCCAGAUCCAAACGAUGAGUACAGCUAUUGGUUGUAUUUAAUCUAUAUGACCAAUUGGGGAAUAUGGAUGUGCAUGAUGACCAAUCUGAUGGGUGCUAUAUUAGUCACCAUUUGGCACUAUCAUCCAGAGUACGCGGAUAAACUCUUGAAUAUGAAAAGUUCCUGCAGCUACUUUCGUGUCUAUUGGGGUAUGCACGUUAUAUCUCUGGUUUUAUCUAUUGUCAUCACUAUUAUCUACUGGAGUUUACUCUAUAAUGUCAAUGAGAGUACUUUGGACGCUACAAACGUGCUCACCCAUGCAUUUAACUCGGUUUGCAUGUUCAUCGAUCUGUGGAUUGUGGCACAUCCCUUGAGGCUGUUGCAGAUGUUUCUGCCCGUGGUAUUUGGCGUUGUGUAUGCCAUCUUCUCCUACAUCUACCAAUCGUGUGGUGGCAUUAAUAAAAAGGGUAAGCCCUACAUUUAUAAUGUUAUCGAUUGGAGCAAGCCCCAAAACGCCUUCAUCACAGUAAUUGGCGUUCUAGUCCUUUCCUGUUGCAUCUACAUCCUGCUUUUCGCUUUCUUCAAACUGAGAAUUUUCCUCCAUCGACGCUGCCUCAAGGCCAGCUUCGUACUGCCCACAACUAGCGCCAAGAAUAAUGGGAUGGACGAUAAAAAUUCAACUGGAAAUGGAAUUCAACACUCACCUUCACGCAUAUCCAUGGUAUUGGGCAACUUUAAAGGCUAUGAAAAUCAGGCUUAUUCACCCAGUGGCGAACAACCGAACAAAACCUAGAAUUUAUAUUUCAUCUAGGAGAUACUAGUAGUAAUUAGUCGAAUUAUCCUGUAGAAUUUACAACCAGUGAUAUUAUAUUUUAUCGUUUUAGUCAAUAAAUUCUCUUUGUGAAGGAUUAUUGCUUAAAUGCA